AUGCUGCGCCGCCGGCCCGAGUACGAGUACGCCAAGGGCCUCGUCGAAGCGUACUUUGUGAUCCUCACGCGCGGCUGCGGCAACGAACGCUGCAGCAACGCCUACUGCAAGUCCAACCCAGCAGCUCUGCGCGUGACAGCGAACGAGGCGGCGGCCAAGGCCCUCGUUUUGGCUGUCGAGGCGCCGAUGGCCAUUUGCCUCACGCCGCUCCAGAUCGACAUUGGGCCCGAGACCAACGACGACGACGAGACGCCAGCGACCGAGCAUGGCGAUGCUUGUCCGUCGACGCCACGAAAGCGCUUGACCACCGCCGUGCAACUCGACACGUCCAUCAACAGCCCACAGCGCGCAUCGAAAGCCACCAAGGGCAAGUUGCUCUCGCCGCCCCGGCGGUCGAUCAACCACGCGACGGAAGAGGCCAAGCAUUAG